AUGCGAGACCCGCGGUGCCCGUCGAGCCUGCAGCGUGUAGAGGACGAGGACGUCUGCGCCGAGCGGGCGCGGGUGGCAGGCCUGGACGCAGCAUCGCAGGUGCUCGUAGUCGACGACAUCUACAAGGCUUACAAGGGCGGAGUGCAUGCUGUGCGUGGCAUCACGUAUGCUGUGGGCGAGGGGGAAGUCUUUGGGCUUCUGGGCGUCAAUGGGGCUGGCAAGACGACCACUUUCAAGAUGCUGUGUGGUCAGAUCGCGCCCUCAGCAGGCCGGGUGCUCAUCCGGGGUAGAGACGUGGCAGAUGAUGCCACUGGCGCGAGAAAGCUCAUUGGCUACUGCCCGCAGUUCGACGCACUGCUCGACCUUAUGACGACGAGGGAGCACUUGGAGCUGUUCGCCCAGGUGAAGGGCUUGGAGGGUCCACGCAUGGAGGCAGAGGUGCAGCAGAAGCUGGCCAUGGUCGACCUGGCCAGCUUCGAGCACUCCCGUGCCUGCCAGCUGAGCGGGGGUAACAAGCGCAAGCUGUCCUUCGCCCUGGCGAUGAUCGGGGAGCCCGAGAUUGUGUUCUUGGACGAGCCCUCGGCGGGCAUGGACCCCGUGGCGCGGCACUUCAUGUGGGACGUGAUCCGCUCCAUCGCGCAGCGACGGCCGACCAGCGCCGUCAUCCUGACCACGCACUCCAUGGACGAGGCGGACUCCCUCUGCUCGCGCAUCGCCAUCCAGUGCUCCGGCCAGCUGCGCUGCUUGGGCUCCCCACAGGAGCUGAAGCAGCGGUACGGCACGGGGCUGGAGCUCAACGUCCGCCUGGAGGCGCCGCGCCGCGCCGACGUGGAGCUUCUCUGCGCGGAGUGGAAGGGCGCCCUGGACACUGAGUGCCCCGGCGCGGAGGCGGUGCAGCUCGUGGAGCGGCGCGCGGCGGCGGCGUACAUGCCGCCGGCCCACGGCAGCAGCGCCAUCCUGCUGGGGGCGCUGGCGGAGUGGUGCCUACUGCAGGAGCGGGCGAUGGCGGUGGACGCCUUCCUGGAGGAGCGGUGCGGGCGCGGCGGCCGGGCCAGCCGCGUGGAGGCCGCUGGCGGGUCCCUGAGGUACCAGCUCGUGGGCAGCUGCCCCGGGGGCGGCCCCAUGGCCUACGCCGAGCUGUUCUCCCUGCUGGGCGAGCACCAGCGGGCUUUGAGGCUCGCGGACUUCCAGCUCUCGCAGGGCACGCUCGAGCAGACCUUCAACCGCCUCGCGGCGGAGCAGCUCGAGAGGUCGGAACUCGACUCCGCCAGCCUUGGGGCCGCGGAGUGCGCGGACUUCGGCCAGAAGCAGAAGCCGUGCUAG